CCUUCAUCACUUUUACGCUCGUGCGCAUCAUCAGCACGGGCUAGUUGUAGAUCAUGGUUAAUUCGUAUGACUAGUAAUAAUAACACUGCUAGAACAUUCCAUACCAAUAAUGUAGCAGCAAGCCAACAACAAGAACACAAGGCCAAGAAUUUACCAUACAAUUAUAAUUUUGAAAAGAUGAUUGAAAAACAAGAUGAAAUGAAGGAAAAUAUUAAAUUGAGAGAAUUAAAUAUUGAUUUAGACCAAGUGUUGAAAAAUUAUGAACAAUAUAUUCAAAUUGAUCAAGAAUAUGAACAAGUGCAAUAUCUUAGAAAGGAAAUUGCUGAAUACUUGGCAGGUAAAAGAACAUCGGAACAAGUUCCUAUUGAAAUUAAAAAUUUAAUCAAAGAAGAUUUGGAAAACAAAAAAGCAGAUAGUUGGAAAGUUAUCGGAAAGGAAUUUAAAACUAAAAUUCAAAAUUUAGAAAAGAUUAAAAACGAAGUGUAUCAAGAAUUGUGUGAAAAGACAGUUAAAUUACCAAACUUUACCGAAGAAGGUGUCAUGAAGUUCUCUAAAGAAAAUUCCAAUCAACCAAAUCUUGUCAAGUAUGUUGGAGAAAAGAAGGAAACAAUUCCAAAAUUAUCACAUUAUGAAAUUUGUGAAAAGUUGGACUUGUUUGAACCUGCCAAUGAAUGUUCCGGUUCCAAAUUUUUCUUCUUGAAGAAUGAAGGUGUCUUAUUGGAAGUUGCCUUGCAAAAUUUUGCCAUCUCCAAAUUGUUAAAACGUGGCUUUAAAAUCAUCAUGCCACCAGAAUUGAUGAAGCAAUCAAUUGUUGAAGGAUGUGGUUUCCAACCAAGAGGUGAACACUCUCAAAUCUAUAGAAUUGAAAAUUCAAAUCAAGAACCAACCACCACUAAGAAUGGUGAAACUUGUAAUGAUUCUUUAUGCUUGAUUGGUACAAGUGAAAUAGGUUUGGCUGCUCUCCAUUGUAAUGAAUUCAUGCCUAAUUUCAAGGGACCAUUGAAGUAUGCUGGUCUUUCUCAUUGCUUCAGAACUGAAGCAGGAGCUGCAGGAAGCAAGGAUCGAGGACUCUAUCGUGUACAUCAAUUUACCAAAGUUGAAAUGUUUGUCUAUUGUGAACCUGAACAAAGUGAAGCUCUCUUAGAUGAAAUUGUUUCCAUUCAAGAAGAAAUAUUUAGUGAAUUGGGAUUCCAUUUCCAAAUUCUUGACAUGCCUUGUAAUGAUUUGGGAAAUCCUGCUUUCAGAAAGAUUGAUAUGGAAGCAUUUAUUCCAAGCCGUUUAGGUUAUGGUGAAGUUUCUUCUGCUUCCAACUGUACUGAUUACCAAUCUCGUAAAUUGAAUAUCAGAUACAGAUCUAACAAUACUACUGUUUAUCCACAUACGUUAAAUGGUACUGCAAUGGCUGUUCCUAGAGCCAUCAUUACUAUUUUAGAGAAUAAUCAAUUUUAUGAUGAAAACGGUAAAUUAGGUGUUAAAAUUCCAAAGCCACUUGUUCCUUUCAUGUUGAGUGGUCAAGAUGUUAUCAUGGAAAAGUAAUUUAUAAAUUUAACAUU